GACACUUUACGAACCGCAUUGAAGAGUAACUGAAGAGGCAGAGUUCAGUGUUGAGGCGCCUCAGUGUCUUGCUGAGAAAGAGAGGCGCACGUCUCUAUAUAAACCCUCCAUCAAUUUUUUUCUCUCUCUCUCUCUCUCUCUCACACGACAAAUUUCUAUUCUUUUCAAACUUUGUAUAAGUGUUAUUCCAAGAGUGUGAAAGCAGUAAUUAUGUCUGGAAGAGGAGGCGGCCGGGGGCGCGGCCGGGGCCGCGGCGGCGGCGGAAGAGGACAGGCGCCGGUGCCAGAUGCCGGUAGAGGUCAACAAGCGUCGCGCGGCGGCGGCGGCGGAGCAGGCCGUGGUGAAAGCGGUGGCUACAAUGCCCCGCCGCCUGCGUCGCUCUCCGUCGCUGCGGCACCGCAUCAGACAUCUCGGCCGGAGCCGGCUGCGUCGCUAUCCCACGAGAUGGAGCAGAAGCUUACGCUCGAGGCAUCUGCUUCAACUCCGGCAGAGGCGCCUCAGUCGCAGAGACCUCCGGCGGUGGUGGUUAACCCUCCUUCUGUUCAACCGGAAUUACCUCCUGCUUCGUCGAAGGCGAUAAGGUACCCGCGGAGGCCUGGAUUUGGAAAAGUUGGGCGGAAAGUUUUGGUUAAGGCAAACCAUUUUCUGGCGGAGAUUGCAGAUCGAGAUCUGCGUCAUUACGAUGUUUCAAUAUCGCCGGAGGUGGCUUCAAAAAAGGUAUGUCGGGAAAUUAUGAACCAGCUAGUGACAAAUUUCAAGGACUCCCAUUUGGGGAAGAAAAUGCUUGCAUACGAUGGAAGAAAAAGUUGCUAUGCUGCAGGUCCCUUGCCAUUCGAAUCUAAAGAUUUCGUGGUUGAGCUUGUCGAUGGUGAUAGUCAGUCCAGGAGGGACCGUAAGUUCAAGGUCUCCAUAAAAUAUGCUUCCACACCUGACCUUUAUCAUCUAAAGCAAUUCAUACAAGGUAGACAACUGGAUCUGCCACAAGAAACUCUCCAGUUAUUUGAUGUGGUUCUCAGAGAGAAACCUUCUGCAAGUUGCGCAGUGGUUGGGAGGUCCUUUUUCUCACCUGUCCUGGGUGAUGUAGGGGAGCUUGGAAAUGGACUUUUGUAUUGGAAAGGCUUUUAUCAAAGCCUUCGCCCUACACAAAUGGGCCUCUCUCUCAAUAUUGAUAUGUCCGCGAGAGCCUUCUUUGAACCUAUCUUGGUCUUGGAUUAUGUUGCGAAGCAUAUCAACAGAGAUCCGACUAGGGGUUUAUCUGACCAAGAUCGUAUAAAGGUGAAAAGAGCUCUAAAAGGUGUACGGGUGGAGACCCACCAUCUAGGUCAAAUAAGACGUCACAAAAUUUCAGGCAUCACCACACAAUCAACUCAACAAUUGAUGUUUCCCUUGGAUGGCACGGGGACUCAGAUAUCUGUUGCGCAAUACUUCAGUCAGAAGUACAAUGUUGUUCUACAAUUUCCAAAUUUGCCAGCUGUUCAGGCAGGCAGUGAUACAAAACCAAUUUAUCUUCCGAUGGAGCUUUGUAGUAUUGUUGAGGGUCAGAGGUACUCAAGAAAAUUGAACGAAAGGCAAGUUACUGCCUUGCUGAAGGCGACCUGCCAACGCCCCCAGAACCGAGAAGACUCAAUCACGAAGAUGGUUAAAUACAACAAUUACAACCACGAUGCACUUGUGAACAAUGAAUUUGGUAUUCAUGUUAGGGCUGAGAUGACUUCUAUAGAGGCACGGGUGUUGCCUCCGCCUAUGCUGAAAUACCAUGAGACUGGUAGAGAUAGUCUGGUUACUCCAAGUGUGGGACAGUGGAACAUGAUAGAUAAGAAAAUGAUUAAUGGCGGAAAGAUAGAGUUCUGGGCUUGUAUCAACUUCUCAAGGAUGUCUGAUACAAAUGCUGGCCAAUUCUGCAAUGAUUUGAUUGGCAUGUGUUCCAGUAAAGGCAUGGAGUGCAAUGCGCAACCCUUAGUUCCUGUCCGUAGUGCUCGUGGUCCGAUUGAGAAGGCAUUGUUUGAUCUCGAGGCGGAGACUUCUUCAAAACUUAGAAAGCUCAAUGCGACUGGAAAACAACUUCAGCUGCUUAUUGUCAUUUUGCCGGAUGUGACUGGCUCAUAUGGGACAAUCAAGCGUGUUUGUGAAACAGAGUUGGGUAUCGUCUCACAGUGUUGCCAGCCAAAAAAUGUAAUGAAACCCGGUAAGCAGUACAUGCAAUACAUGGAGAAUGUCUCACUGAAGAUUAAUGCAAAGGUUGGAGGGCGAAAUAGCGUAUUGGACCUUGCGGUGAAGGGGAAAUUCCCUUACCUGAGUGAUCGUCCUACCAUUAUUUUUGGUGCAGACGUUACUCAUCCUCAACCAGGGGAGGAUUCAAGCCCUUCUAUAGCUGCGGUUGUUGCUUCGAUGGACUGGCCCGAAGUAACAAAGUACAGAGGACUUGUUUCAGCGCAGGCCCAUAGAGAAGAAAUUAUCCAAGAUCUCUAUAGCAAAAAGGAAGAUUCCAAAAGAGGAGUAAUCCAUGGGGGAAUGAUUAGAGAACUCUUGGUGUCCUUCUACAAAACAACUAAGCUUAAACCUCAUAGGAUCAUAUUCUACAGGGAUGGAGUAAGUGAAGGACAAUUUAGUCAGGUUCUUCUGCAUGAAAUGGAGGCAAUAAGGAAGGCCUGCAACUCUAUUGAAGAAAAUUAUAUGCCCAGAGUUACUUUUGUUGUGGUGCAAAAGAGGCAUCAUACUCGUCUCUUUGCAGCUAAUCAUGGAGACAGGAAUAACACUGAUAGGAGUGGCAAUGUGCUUCCAGGCACUGUGGUUGACACCAAAAUUUGCCAUCCAACUGAAUUUGAUUUCUAUCUGUGUAGCCAUGCUGGAAUCCAGGGUACUAGUCGGCCAACUCAUUACCAUGUGUUGUAUGAUGAGAAUGCGUUCAAUGCUGAUGGUCUGCAGAUGCUGACAAACAGCUUGUGCUACACGUAUGCCAGGUGUACUCGCUCGGUCUCUGUAGUUCCGCCUGCAUACUAUGCCCAUCUUGCUGCUUUUCGUGCUCGUUACUAUAUUGAAGGAACAGAUUUUUCGGACAGUGGAUCGACUUCGGAUGCUGGCAGGGGUGCCACUAGGGAGAGGAACAGAGAGGUCCGGCCUCUACCUAUUAUCAAGGACAAUGUGAAGGACGUGAUGUUCUACAUUUGAUGCACAUGUCGUUUUGUCUAUUUUGGUAGAAAAACUUUGGAGUUUUGGCUUGAAUUAGGAACAUGUGCUUGUGAUCUCAUCUCUCUCUGUUUGAGAUCUUGUUUUGUGGGGCUUAGUUUUUGGUGCCUCUGCAUUUAAUGCUAUAUUUACAACACUCAAUAUGGCUAUUUUUAUGUGUAAAAAUCACAACUGGGUUACAUUUUGAUGUAGAUUGUUAAUAUUUGGCUGA